GUUUUGAUUUAAACCUCACCAAUGUUACUUUACGCAUCACUAAAUAAUUUUUACUUCCUAUUAUUUUUUGUUAACGUCAAUCAAAAAACAAAGAAGUUAUCCUUGCACACUACUGAUUUAUUCUAUAAGUUCACAAAAAAAGAACAAUAAGAUCAAAUAUAAUAUAUUCCGAAAUUUGCAUACCUAUGGUGACAAGUAUUAUAAAAUUCGACUGCAUGAGCCAAAAUGUAUUAUUAGUUUUCAAGAAGCUAAAGAUACUACAAUAUACCAAGAUGUUCAAAGCUGUAUUUUUGUUCUUCGCCAUGUUGGCCGUGGCUUUCGCAGCACCCAGACCAGCUCCUGCACCACAACUGCUUGCUUACAGCGCUCCUGCUGCAGUAGUAUCUGACGUCACUUUUACCGGUUAUCCUGCUGUAGCGCCAGUAUAUUCAGCCGGAGUAGCUCCUGUUGCUUAUUCAGCUCCUUUGGUUUAUUACUGAUAUAGCUUCAAGCAAAUAUAAAUUUAAGUGGCUUUUUAAUUAAGUAUGUGUAAAUUUUUUUAUGUAAUAAACCACUAUAUGUA